AUGUAAGACUUACGUCAAAGUGAUGGAGAUGAGAUAGUUUUUCAUAUUACAAAAAAUGCUUAGCAAUAUGAACCCAACAUUACAUUAGAAAACACACCUAAUGACAAACCUGUCCAUAUUCCUAUUACAUUUGAAGAAAUCAAACUAGUAUCUUCUGUAUAGGUUUCAGGAGAUGGUCAUUAAUAAUCUGUAAGAAUUAUUUGUCCAGGAUGUAAGAUGAAAGUAAGUUUUUAAGAUUAUAUUUCAGGUAUAUUCAGUAAUAAAAAGAAGAGUUGGAUUACAAACAUUAAUAGCUGGAGUACUUCUAAUCUUUUGUUCUUUUGGAUUUAUAUGUGUUACUUGUGUUCCAUGUUUGUUGGAUGAUUGUAAAGAUGUUGAACAUUCAUGUCCUAAUUGUAAAUAAUACUUAGGAAAGGCUGAGUUUAACAUACUUGAUUGA